AUGGCCAAAACACCCUUUACCCCUUUUCGCGGCCGCAGGAGUGUGGUACAUGGUCUCAAUGGCAUGGUUGCAUGUUCGCAGCCCCUGGCGGCGAUGGCUGGCCAUAGAAUCCUCACUCAAGGGGGCAAUGCUGCAGAUGCUGCUGUAGCCGUUGCCGCUGCACUGAACGCGACCGAGCCAGCAUCAACCGGGAUCGGAGGCGACAUGUUCUGUCUCUUCUACGAUGCACCCACCAAGAAAAUCAGUGCGUUGAAUGGCUCAGGCCGUGCCCCCAAAGCAAUCACGCUCGACCAAGUUCGAACUCGACUGCAGCUGUCGCCGGGAAAGUCUGGUACCAUCCCUCUAGAUAGCAUCCUGGCGGUCACCACUCCAGGCGCCGCGGCAGGGUGGGUGGACACGAUUGAGAGGUUUGGAUCAGGAAAGCUGGGGCUGCACCAGAUCCUUGCGCCUGCGAUCGAGAUCUGCGAGCGCGGCUUUCCGGUCUCGGAGGUUUCGUCGUCCAUGUGGCAUGGACAUGAACCGACUCUUCGCAAAGCAUCGCCGCAUUUUCACGAACUGCUCAAAACCGAUGCAGCCGCCCCCGAUGGAUGCAGAUCACCACUGCCAGGCGAAGUCAUAACCAACCACGCCCUUGCGACGACAUUCCGGGCCCUUGCGACCGAGGGAAAAGACGGCUUUUAUCGAGGGAGAGUCGCCGACUCGAUCGUCACAGCCGUGCAGGACCUCGGAGGCUUCUUGACUCACGAAGAUCUGGAAUAUCACGCGCAGACUGGCAGCCAGAUGGUCGAUCCGAUCUGCCUUCGGCUUUGGGCCGACCAGCAACAGCAAGCAGUGGAUAUCUGGGAACAUCCCCCCAACGGCCAAGGUGUGGUAGCGCUCAUGGCCCUAGGAAUCAUGGAAGAGCUCAGUCGUACAGGUCGCCUACCACCGCUGUCUCGCCUGACCCACAAUUCCCCGGAAUAUCUCCACGCGCUUAUCGAGUGCCUCCGCAUCGCCUUUUCCGACGCUGCCUGGUGGGUUGCCGAUCCGGAGGUGGAGCGUGUUCCGAAUCUCAUUUCCAAGGCGUAUCUCGCCGAGCGAGCCAAGCUUUACAGCCCCAGCAAAGCGUCCGACGUGAUCUGCCGGGGCAGUCCGGCCUUCCGGUCCUGCGACACGGUAUACUUCGCCGUCGCGGAUCGGGAGGGCAACGCGGCCUCGUUUAUCAACAGCAACUACCACGGGUUUGGCACCGGAAUCGUGCCCGCUGGCUGCGGCUUUACGCUGCAGAGCCGCGGGGCCAACUUCUCCCUAAUCCCCGGUCAUCCGAAUGUGCUGGCGCCAUUGAAGCGGCCCUACCACACCAUCAUCCCGGCCAUGGCCACCCACGCCGCGGAUGGCUCCCUCCACACUGUGUUCGGCGUCAUGGGGGGCUUCAUGCAGCCCCAGGGCCACGUGCAGGUGCUCCUCAACAUGCUUGUGUUCGGGCUCAAUCCCCAAGAAGCACUGGACGCACCGCGCAUCUGUAUCGCGGUGGAGGAUGGCGAUGCUGAGGGAGGUGUGCACCAUAGCAUGGUCUAUGUGGAGGACGGCAUUGAGCAAAAGGUGAUUGACGAGCUGCAACAAAAGGGCCAUCACGUUGAAGAAGUCACGGGAUGGAAACGAGAACUAUUUGGAAGAGGCCAGGUCAUUCGCUGUCAGAGAGAGGCCUCUUACCGAGUAUACAGCGGGGGCAGUGAUUUUCGGGGCGAUGGACUGGCGAUUCCUCUUUAG